AUACCAUUAACAGCCUAUGUCAGACUAAUCAUGCACGGUAGUUCUUGGGGCAUAUUUAGAAGUAUGGAUAAACUAUUGUAAGGGUGUUCCAUGAGCGCGCGGAAGACCGGGCAGAAAUAUUGCAUCUAUUAGCCGCUUUUCUUGGAGGAUCUCCGUGACAACAAUUUGCGAUGGCAAAGAAUUCAAUACCGGGGGCUCGGAGGCUGAUUGGGGUGCAUUGUGAGGGGACUGAGGUCGCUGAUUGGUUCAAGGAAAGCACCAACACUACACGCAGUUUAUAUUCAUUCAACUUGUUGAAGCACUCAGACUACUUCUGGGAGAGAGACAGGAAUGAGAAUCCUCAACAGGGGACAUGAUUUUAAAGAUGAAGAAGAAUAUCAUUUGCAUGGACUUUUUUGGUGGUAGGCCUAUGGAUUAAAAUAUUUACACUGUAAAAUGGCAAGUACAGACAGUGAGGUGAAAACGUUACUGAAUUUUGUAAACUUGGCAUCCAGUGACAUCAAGGCGGCUCUGGACAAAUCAGCCCCUUGCAGGCGCUCUGUGGACCACAGGAAAUACCUGCAGAAACAGCUCAAGCGUUUUUCUCAGAAAUACGCUCGGAUGCCUAGAUGCCACACACACAGGUCCACGGAGUCUAGCAUCGCCAAAGAUGUGGUGAACACGUCCAGCGAGUAUUCAUUGGAGACAACUCACCCGAGCACGACGCGCGUCAAUGAAAAAGGGGUUUCGGAUGCGCGAGACGUAGAGAACGCAAGGAUGGCUCAAACCCCAACUGUAGACAGUGAUAACAGUAAGCAAGAACAGGUACCCAUGAGGAAACGUCAACUCCCUGCAUCGUUUUGGGAGGAACCCCGAUUAGCCCAAACCAACACAGACUAUUUGCAGUAUGGAUGGAAAAAGAGCCAAGGUGUGAUAGGAAUCAACGAUGUUGAAAAAAUAAAAAAAGCUCACGAGGAACUAACACCGAGCUUGCUUCUCUCCAAUAGACGUGGCUCUGUUGAGAAAGAACCGCUCAAACUGGACGUGGCCUCUCAUAACGUCAAUGUGUGCGGUUUCUGUCCGUUUCAGUACCACGGACACCACGUCUUUCAGAGUCACAUAGUUGUUCCACAAUCGGCUGUGGGACUCUGGGGGAAAGCCACAGUGGCUGAAACGGAAACACCCGACAUAACACACCGACAUAAGAACUACACGCAUGUCGUGGUCAAACCCAUACCGACUAAACCCACGGUCCCGCCAUCCAUUUUCAACGUGUUUGGGUUCAUUUAAACACAAUUACAGACGUAUAAUCAUAGCUUAAUAAUUGCCUAAGCAAUAAUGAAGAUGUAAAUAUUAAUGUGUUUAGUUCGAUAUGCCGUUUUUUUUUCAAACUUUGCAUUUCUCUUUUUUUAAAGAGUAGUCAUAAAUAAGCACUUAAGUAGUCUUACAUUUCAUACCAAACUUUUCUGCUUGGAACACCUGCACCUUUACCACUUGGGUUCCAUAACGUCUAAGGAAUUUAUUAUAAAAUCAUAGCACCGUC